AUGAAGGAUGGAAGAUCCCGCCCCACCUUUGGAGGGGUUGUUCACGUGCUGAACCUCUGUCCUGGAGGAAUCGCCCUUCACAUGGCCAGGGGUGUCAGGAUGGCGACAAGCAGCUUUGAGUGGGGCUCGGAAGCAAAGUCCCUUAACGGUGCCUGGGAACACUAUUCCACGGUGACGCUUUUUCAGGAUGAAGGUAUUGUGCCAGAUGAGGAUGAGGUCCAGCCCACGAGGCAGAAUCUCUCCGGACAAUUCUCCGUUUCUUCGGAGGGGACUGCCAACUCGGAUAUUCCCCAGGUGGUUCCUUGUACGUUCACCAUCUGCUUGGCUCUGCCGGGCUUCUUUGGCCCUAAAGGGAAGCAUUCAUCUGACUUAUUUAAACGAUUAAGACCUGAUAAACUUGCAAAAUUUCUACGGUACUAUCAUAUAGAAUAUCUGCUCUUACCAGAUGACAGAGAGCCCAAACAAGCUGACGUGGUGUUACUGAAUACAUUAAUAGCCAAAGUGUUCAUAGAAUCUGGAAUAAAGGCUGUCAGUCCAUGGUAUGAAAAUGAUAAAUUAUGGGUGUCUUGGAAAGAAACUCAUAAGAUGUCAAUUACAAAGGAAGUGUUAAAGAAAUUGAACUAUCACAAAAUCAUCCUUAAUAUAUGGGACACCAAGGAGAAAGUGUCUAAAAAAGCAAAGUUUACCAAAGUAAAAAGUUUGAGUCGCCAGGAGGAUUUUGAAAGUGUUGGCCACUGCCCAGGGCUGAGGUCCUCACUGGUGCUGUGGCCAGCAUGCUUUGGUGUGGGCUUCAGCUCCCAGAUACUUUGA